GAUGUUGUCAUCGCGUUCUUUACUUUGGCGUGUUUCACACCGGGGCGGACGCACGGACGUCGUGAAAAAUCCCCACAAUGUGGCUCUAAGUACGAAUAUUGUUUUCUCCCCCUCGAACGCGCUGUUGGAGUUGCGUAACGCAUUUCUCUCGCAGCGUACACACGGACAAGACAGCGAGCUGCCUCCGGGAAACCAAACGAUCUUGUUUAUCCUGACGAAAGGCUAGCUCGUUAGCCGCCUAGCUAACGGCCUAGCUAACGCCUAGCGCCUUAGCUAUGGAGGAGAGGAAGGAGGAGGGCGAGACGAAGAUCCAGGAGCACGGCCCCGAGCACUGGUUCUCCAAGUGGGAACGCCAGUGCCUGGCCGAGGCCGAACAGAGCGACCCGAACGAGGAGGAGACGGAGCAGAGUCAGCAGAAGCUGUGGCACCUGUUCCAGAACUCGGCCACGGCGGUCGCGCAGCUCUACAAAGAUAGAGUCUGUCAGCAGCAGGGCCUCUCUCUCUGGGUGCCCUUCCAGAACGCAGCCACCGCUGUCACCAACCUGUAUAAAGAGAGUAUGGAGGCCCGCCAGCGGAGCUAUGACCUGGGCAUCCACUUAGGCUACCAGCGUAGAAACAAGGAUGUAAUUGCAUGGGUUAAGAAGCGCAGAAGAACUAUCAGGCGAGAGGACCUCAUCAGCUUCCUGUGUGGCAAAGUUCCACCUCCACGGACUGCUCGCGCCCCGCCUAGAGUUGCCAUGGUGUCUGCAAGCCGCCCUGCACCCCCAGAGACAGACAGCUCUGUGGAGGCUGACCUGCAGCCCUUCAGAGAGGCAAUCGCACUGCACGGCCUUAGUGGUGCCAUGGCAAGCAUUUCUGUGCGCUCUGGUCCUCCUGGUUCGCCAACCCAUCCCGCCCAGCCCCUCAGUCGUCGUCGCCUUCACGACGUGGACCUCAACACCUUCAUCGCGGAGGAGAUGGCACUCCAUUUGGAUUCCACGGCCAACCGUAAACGAGGCCCUGCCCCCUGUAGUGACGUCAUCACAGACUCACCUACUCAUAAACGUAACAGGAUGCUCUGAACUUCCCACACCACUAACCCCUCCUCUGUCCUCUCCUCGGUGGCCGACCGGACAGCUGACGAGGACUGAUGCCUUGGCCAACCAUUGAAAUCUUCCUCCUAAUCAUCUUAGUUGCAAUGCUACAAAUAAAGAAAAACUUACUUAUUACCAACCCACAUAGUUUUCCCCUUCUUUGUUCCUCCCACCCCAGACACCUGUUGUCUCACACAUCCUCACCACAUUUGAGUUCUAGACUUUUUUAGAAUAAUUUUCUUUCCCAUUUGUUUCCGUUGCCCACAGUAGAGCCUGAUACAGAAAGUGAGCACACAUGAAAUCCUUAAAUUGCAGAAUGCUGAAUUUAGACGCUGUUUAUUGGCCGGGCACCGAUGAUCAGAUGAACCGGGCUGUUGCCUCCUGUUUGCUGUCCUCUUCCCCCUCGUUCCUCAAAUGUACUUCCUCUUCUGUGGAGUGCAGAGCCAGACCAGGCUGGAAGAAACUCAGGCUCCUCGGGGCUGAACGCCCCUGCUGUGUGGCUCGGCUCAAAACGCUCGUCAGCGUGCUUCUCUCAUCAUGCUGCUGCUCUGUGUUUUUUGCGUAUCCAACAGCAGAACUGCCACUUACUGUGUUGUACUCGUCUUUGCCUUUUUGAGAAAGCUGCUACAGUAUCUCUGGUUGUCGUGCAACAGUGAGUGUGUGUUUUGAGUGUGUGUGUGCUUGUGGAUGCAGGGUUCUGCAUCAGCACCCACGUGACCCAAUUUCCUGUUUUACUUAAACUCAUCCCCCCCUUUUUUUUCUUCUUUAGUUGCUCUUUGCAGCCCAAACCAGGGUUUUAUCACAAAGCAGGUCAGUCCAAUUUACAGAUUAUGUGACGAACAUUAACUGUCGGAGCAGUUAGCUGACAUUUUGAGUGGCAGGAGAUAAAAAGAAAAGAAGAGGUAUUUUCAACAUUGUUUUCUUUCAUAAAGCACCAUUGUGCAUGAGUCAAGUUUACAAGAAUCCAAACAUGGAGUUUCCCUGUUUGCAUCGAAACACACUUGACGGAGUACUGGUUCGUGCGUUUAUUACAUAUAGAGCUGUUGCAGUUAAGUGUUCCAAAUUUUGCGUUUUACCUACUCUUGUUUACUUCUGUCCCAGGGAUAAGAAUUUAAACAGGUGCACCGUCAUCAUUUUGUCUCUUGUUCUUCAGAAACAACACUUUCAUUUGAUGUGAUUUCACCUUUAAACAGAAAUUGCCUGUUAAUCACGUGGGGAGGGGUUAUUUCAUUUCGUCUAGCCAAUUCAUGGAUUCGUGUGAUGAUUCGACCAGGCUCGGGACAUUUUCUAGUUUCACACACUGCUUUGUGAUACAAUCUUGUGUAAUGUGUGUAAAUAACAUGUAGGUGCUGUUAUAUGUGGUACAUAUUGUAAAAAGAAGUGCAAGUCCAUCGGGAUGUCCAUGUACAAUAACAAUUCUGACAUUAAAGAAAAAUACAAGUGUUUAA